UUAUAAAUUUUUUGGCACUUUUUUACAAAAUUUUUAUUUUUUAUUGGGUUUUCAAAGAGGUCAUUAUGAACCAAUAUAUUGGCAAAGCCGUCAGCAGAUGUCUAGGCUUUUUAAAAUAUCCAAAAACUUCAUUACUUAGAAUCUUAAGAAAUUAUUCUAAAGAUUUUAAAGACAAGGGUACGUCUAUAGAACAAGAGUACAUUAGAAGAAAAGAAGCGGAACAGUUACAAAAGCUUAAAGCAAAGUGGUCUGAGGAACAGAAGAGAAUCAGAAAACGUAUCGAGGAAUUGAAAAAAAAUAUGGCUAAAAACCCACAAAAGAAACAUUAAAAAACCAUCAAAAUAAUGCAAAUUUUAAGAAAAAAAAAAAAAUCCAGCUGUAGGCCAGUGUGAUCACUCUAUUUGUUUCUUAUUUUGAUGCAUAACUUUAGCAAUAUUAAUUCAUUUCACGAGACUUGUCAUAAAAUGACAAUUUAUACAAAUUUUGCCAACUGUUAUAAUAAUGCUCAGAUAAAAAAAGAACUACUAAAGAUUAGACACGCGCGCGACUCAUUUUUUUUAGAUAGACAUAUGUAUAUAUAUAGGCUAUUCAACCCAAAAGUUUAGUUGGGCUCUGGCAGCAAUCAUGCUUAAGAACAUUUCUAUUGUACUAGUGCUCAGCGCAUUGGUUACUGCCGCCUGGGCAGCUGCCUUUGAGCUGCCUGAGAUACACAAGCAGGAGCAUCUAGUGGGUGGAGUGCAGCGUAUUUUCACACGUGGCAGCGAAAACAUCAUGGAUCCCAACGCACUUGCUAAGAAUAAAACUUCGCCGCUUCAGGAACAGGAUGCGCAGUUUUGGUAUGAUCUGGCUCAUGAGGAGAUAGCAAAACGCUUGAAGCAGCCGCAGCCGGAUCAGCGCAAGGCCAAGAAUGUCAUCAUGUUUCUAGGCGAUGGCAUGUCGCUGUCCACUGUAACUGCCGCUCGCAUUCUGCAGGGACAGCUAAAGGGCAACACUGGUGAGGAAGACGCCUUGACAUUUGAGAAAUUUCCCUACGCAGGACUCAGCAAGACCUACUGCACCAAUGCUCAAGUGCCGGACUCUGCCUGCACGGCCACGGCGUAUUUGUGUGGCGUGAAGACGAGCAUUGUGGCUCUUGGCAUCACUGCAGCUGUAAAUUUCAACAACUGCAGUGGUAGUGAGGAUCCUGCGCAUCAAGUUAGCUCCAUUGCUGCAUGGGCACAAGCUGCGGGCAAAGCCAGUGGCAUUGUAACCACCACCGCUCUUACACAUGCAAGUCCAUCGGGAGCUUAUGCACAUACAACUAAUAGAUUUUUUGAAAGCGAUACAGACAUUUUAACUUACGGCGAGGGCAAAAGUCAUCCGGACAGCUGCACGGAUAUUGCCACACAGCUGAUUACUCAAGCGCCUGGCAAGAACUUUGAUGUCAUGUUGGGCGGCGGCAUGAGCAAGUUUUUACCCAAAAGUAUACAGGAUCCUUUUGGCAAUGCAGGCAUACGCUCAGAUGGCAUUAAUUUGCUAGCCAAGUGGCAAGCGUUGCAUCCGGAUGGCGCUCUGGCCUACAAUCGUGAUCAGCUGUUGGGCGUGGAUACCAGUCGACUGGGCAAACUUAUUGGUCUCUUUAACUCUGGCAUUAUGGACUUUCAUAAACAAGCUGACGCUGUACUGAAGCCUACGCUUGCUGAGAUGACGCAAAAAGCCAUCGAGAUGGUUAGCAAGAAUGAUGAGGGCUACUUUCUGUUCGUCGAGGGUGGUCUUAUCGAUUAUGGCAAUCAUUUUAAUCAGCCACAAUUCGCUUUGGAUGAAGUGCACGAAAUGUCAAAGGCAGUGCAAACUGCGCUUGAUAUGACCAAUCCGGAAGAGACACUCAUUGUAGUAACUGCAGAUCAUGCUCAUCCCUUGUCCAUUUCUGGCUAUCCAGGCCGUGGCAGCGACAUAUUGGGUCUGAAUCCAAAUGGUGAUGAUUUGAAUGGAGUAAAGUAUGCUACGCUGAACUAUGCUGUGGGCAUGGAGCAAUAUUUGGAUGAGCAUGGACAACGCAUUGAUUUAACAGAGCAUAUAAAGAAUCCAGAUUUUACUUAUCCCAGCUAUAUAAAGUGCGAGCAAGGUGUGCACGCUGGUGAUGAUGUGGGCAUCUUUGCCACUGGACCACAGUCUCAUCUGUUCACUGGAGUUAUGCAGCAGAGCACGAUUCCGCAUUUGAUGGCCUAUGCCGCUUGCAUUGGCAAUGGACCAAAGCUUUGUGACAAGCUUUAAAAGAGGAGCAGCGUGCUCUUUAUUAUUAUUUGGUUACCGGUAUAUAAAUAACUAUACUACUAUACUAUAUAUACUACUACUAUAUUUGAGCUGUUUAAUUUCUUAAUCA